ACCUUACUUCCGUCCUCUGAUUUCCAGACACAGGAAGUGAGUUUUUAUCGACUGAUGCAGCUAUCCAGUGUGGUUGAUGGCCUAGCUCCUCCCCCUUGUGUCGUGACUCCUCCCCCAGACGGAAAAGGUCCCUUAGCCCACUUGAUUCUAGCAUCUACCCCCAUGAUAGAUCUGGCAGGAGAAGAAAAUAGAACAGUGAGAAACUGAAGCAUCUGUACUAGAAGUUUCCUGAGAAUAAGAAAAUGGAUAAUGACAGCAGUCAUAUGAAAGAGCGGAUACUAAAUCUCACCCUGGAGAUCAUCAACCUGCUGACUGGGGAGGAUUAUACAGUAGUGAAGAAGACACUUCCAAGCUGUGCCUCCAUCACGGUUCCUCCACCUCACUCACUGAUACAUGAGAGGCACAAUGACCAGAAGAUCCUGGAUCUCACCAACAAGAUCAUUCAGCUGCUGACUGGAGAGGAGGGGGAGUAUAUAGAGGAACACAGGGGUCUGUACAAGGACGUGAUGAUGGAGGAUCACCGGCCCCUCACAUCACUGGAUGGGCCCAGUAACAGAGAUACCCCAGAGAGAUGUCCCCGUCCUCUGUAUUCCCAGGAUUGUACAGAGGAGAAUCACAGGAUCCCACAGGAGGAUCAGGGUGAAGGUCUGACUGAUAUCAAGGUGGAAGAUAUAGAGGGAGAAGAAGAGACGUAUGUGACUGAUAUCAAGGCAGAAGAUAUAGAGGGAGAACAAGAGACGUAUGUGACUGAUAUCAAGGCAGAAGAUAUAGAGGGAGAAGAAGAGACGUAUGUGACUGAUAUGGAGGGAGAAGAAGAGACGUAUGUGACUGAUAUGAAGGCAGAAGAAAUAGAGGAAGAAGAAGAGACGUAUGUGACUGAUAUGAAGGCAGAAGAUACAGAGGGAGAAGAAGAGACGUAUGUGACUGAUAUUAAGGCAGAAGAUACAGAGGAAGAACAAGAGACUUAUGUGACUGAUAUCAAGGCAGAAGAGAGAGAGGGAGAAGAAGAGACGCAUGUGACUGAUAUAAAGGCAGAAGAUGCAGAGGGAGAAGAAGAGACGUAUGUGACUGAUAUGAAGACAGAAGAUAUAGAGGGAGAAGAAGAGACGUAUGUGACUGAUAUGAAGGCAGAAGAUAUAGAGGGAGAAGAAGAGACGUAUGUGACUGAUAAGAAGGCAGAAGAUAUAGAGAGAGAAAAAGAGACGUAUGUGACUAAUAUAAAGGCAGAAGAUACAGAGGGAGAACAAGAGACGUAUGUGAGGGGUGAUCAGCAGUGUAAGGAGGAGGAAAUACCUACAGAUAUCAGCACAGCAGAUGGAUGUAACAGCAGGAAUACAUCAAAGGAAAAUCUAAUCUUACCUCCAGUUUGUGAAAUAGAAGAUGACGACAUCCUCAAUACCCCAAUUAUACAUCCAGUACCCCACAGUGCAGAUGUAUCAUCUGAUCCUACUUCUAAUGAGGAACGUUCUCCUGGUACAUCAAGUACAGCUCUUAGAGUAGAUAACAUAUUUCCCUCUUUUAUAGAUGCCAAAUGCUCUACAGAGAACACACAGCUUAUUACCCAUCAGCCAGCUAAGGCAGGUGAGAGUUCAUUUCCAUGCUCUGAGUGUGGGAAAUGUUUUUCAAAGAAAUAUCUUGUUAGACAUCUUAGAGUUCACACAGGUGAAAAGCCAUUUGCAUGUUCUGACUGUGGGAAAUGUUUUACAUGGAAAUCAUCACUUGUUGACCAUCAGAAACAUCACAGAGGCGAGAAGCCAUUUCCAUGUUCUGAGUGUGGGAAAGGUUUUACACAGAGAUCAGAGCUUGUUAUACAUCUGAGAAGUCACACAGGUGAGAAGCCAUUUCCAUGUUCUGAGUGUGGGAAAUGUUUUACACGGAAAAGAUAUCUUGUUAGACAUCAGAGAAAUCACACAGGUGAGAGGCCAUUUCCAUGCUCUGAGUGUGGGAAAUCGUUUACACGGAAAAUAUAUCUUGUUACACAUCAGAGAAGUCACACAGGUGAAAGGCCAUUUCCAUGUUCUGAGUGUGGGAAAUGUUUUACACAGAAAAAUGAUCUUGUUGCACAUCAGAGAAUUCACACAGGUGAAAGGCCAUUUCCAUGCUCUGAGUGUGGGAAACGUUUUAAACAAAAACCAGUUCUUGUUAUACAUAAGAGAAGUCACACAGGUGAGAAACCAUUUCCAUGCUCUGAGUGUGGGAAAUGUUUUACAACUAAAUCAGAUCUUGUUAGACAUCAGAGAAGUCACACAACUUAACUAUUGUCAUGCACCGAUUCUUGGAAAUGUCAGAAAUUAAAUGGUUCACAAGAACUUCCUUUAUUUA